AAGAAGAAGAAGCGGAAGUGUGGGACAGGUUUCCUGACGGAUCAGCGGGUUAACAACUCUAACCAGCAGCCUAACCAGCAAUUUAACCCGUUUACAAGAGGACCAGACCGCCGGACUGAAGAGUCACGAUGACAGCCGCUCCCUACAACUACUCCUACAUCUUCAAGUACAUCAUCAUCGGUGAUAUGGGCGUCGGGAAGUCGUGUUUGCUGCAUCAGUUCACAGAGAAGAAAUUCAUGGCCGACUGUCCCCACACCAUCGGCGUGGAGUUCGGGACGAGGAUCAUGGAGGUCCACGGCCAGAAGGUGAAGCUGCAGAUUUGGGACACGGCCGGCCAGGAGCGCUUCAGGGCCGUCACCAGGUCCUACUACAGAGGGGCCGCGGGGGCCCUCAUGGUCUAUGACAUCACCAGGAGAAGCACCUAUAACCACCUGAGCAGCUGGCUGACAGACGCCCGGAACCUGACCAACCCAAACACGGUGAUCAUCCUGAUCGGGAACAAGGCCGACCUGGAGGCGCAGAGAGACGUCACCUACGAGGAGGCCAAGCAGUUUGCCGAGGAGAACGGUCUGCUGUUCCUAGAAGCCAGCGCUAAAACAGGAGAGAACGUGGAGGAGGCGUUCCUGGAGGCGGCCAAGAAGAUCUACCAGAACAUCCAGGACGGCAGUCUGGACCUGAACGCCGCCGAGUCCGGGGUCCAGCACAAACCGUCGGCGCCGCAGGGCGGCCGCCUGAACGCCGACAGUCAGCCGGCUAAAGAGGGCUGCAGCUGCUAACCUCAGAACCAGAACCGGACCGGACCAGGACCAGGAGCGGACCAGGACCGCCACGCAGAGCCAGACCACAGCCCAAAACCUGCUCUGCAGGCACAUCUGGACCCAAAUCAUUCAACCAAUCAGCUUCAGCUAAAUCACUUCCCUGUCUGAUUCUCCCCUGGACCAGAACCAGUUCUGCUGGCAAGUCCGGGCCCAGGCAGAACCUGGAUCUGUCCAACACGGCCCCAAAAUAAGAGACCAGAACCAGUCGGGCGGAGCAUUCCUCCACCCAGCACCAGAGUUCCCAUCCAGGUCCGCUGGAGCUCAACGCUGUACGCACUGCUCAGAACCGCUGACUGGACCUCGUCCCAGAACCUUUUUCUCCAGUCCAAUCGGGCCCUGAGCCGGGUCACCAAAUAAUAAGCCCACAGACGAAGAUGGUUCCGACAUUUCACAGUCAGAAUCCUGAGCCUGGGAUUCUGUCGGACCGGUACCGGUCCACAUCAGGACUGCACCAGCAUCCCUCUGGAGCGCCGGUUCAGACUCUGGACACCAGCUAUUGGGUCGAGUCCAGAAAUGAACCGUCCUGAGGAAACCGGAACCAAAGGCCUGAAUUUGGACCAAGCUAAAAAAAAAAACAAAACAAGAACCACAGAGUCCAGAACCCUAACUGAGCCGAACCCGACACCAGGCUCAAACUGUGGUUCUGAAGAAUCUGAGAAAAUGCCCAAAAUCUCAGAAUUUAUUCAGUCAAAACUCUCGGUCCAAACCCAGAUCCUUCCAGAACCGAGUCCAUGAGCUUUAAAGACCACAAGUCUAGACGGGUCGUCUGGACCUCCAGCAGGUUUCAGGUUAAUUCUUUGGUUCUAGUCUCGACUCGGGUCGGGUCAUUUGGACCUCAGUCGUCUCCGUGAUCAUUUGUUGAGAUAAUUUAAAAUGAUUUAUGAUAAUGAUGCUGGUUAUGGACCAAUAAUAUUAAUUCUGGUUCUGGACCAAUAAUAUUAAUGCUGGUUCUGGACCAAUAAUAUUAAUUCUGGUUCUGGAACUAAUCGCUUUGUCGCAUUAAACCAUAAAAGCAUUGAACGUGUUUUUAAAGAUGCUGAUUUUAUUCUGACUUUUACGGAACCAACUUGACAAAAGAAACCCGAGUUGUGACUAAUGGUAGACGGGUCCAGUCUUGCUGCUAUCGUAACAUAGUUUAUCGCCCUAAAUCCGGAUCAGAACCAUGAUUCCCUCUCAGGUGGAUCCGGUUCUUUUGGACUCUUCUGGUCCAACUUUUUCCCGAACCUUUAUUUUCUGAACCCAGCUUCAGAUUUCUCUCCAGAGUCGGACCUAAAAUAACAUCAUUCAGACACGACCGCCGGGUCUGGCAGAACCUCUCUGACCCGAAGUUCUGCAGUUCUUUGGCUGCUUUAUAAACGGGAAUGGUCCAAACGGGUUCACUUCUCCAUCUGAGGUUCGGUUUCAUGGAUCCGACUCGGUGGAGCAGAAUAACCGACAGUAAUAACAGAACCGGGCUUUGUGGACCCGGCUGGUCGAUGAUUUACGUCCAAAAGAUUUCAGGCGAGUGAACGUUCUGCGGAGACGGAGCAGAACUCGGAACCCGAAUGUUGCGGUUCUGCCUCCGUGGAUCAGGAACUCUGAUUUUUGAUGUUUUUAGCCGACUGACUCCUGGCGCCACCUGGUGGCCGGUUUGGGCGGAGACGGGACGUGGAACCAAAUUAAGAUCGUUUAUUACGUCUUUUUUUUCUGUGAUGGACCACAAAAAAAAAAUCUACGUUUGAGCGUAAAAACGAGGAACGGUUGCUUUGGACUUAAUGGUUCUGCUCCUGUUGUCGCACUAAAGUUAACUUUAUCCGAAAUAUCCGGAGGAAAAAAAAAAUCACAAACUGUUAGCCAAUAAAAUUCCUGAGAAAAUCCAGAAAUGAAGCCUUAAAAUCUUAAAAAUGCUUCUUGGUUGCAGAAAACCUGCAGCAGCGUUUCUGAUAAUAAGAAUGUUAAUAAAUGUGACGUUGGUUCUCCCUGGUUUCAGGUUCUGUGUCGUCGCUCUGGGCUAAACACCGUUCAGCUGUGCUGGUGUUCAGACGCUCGGUUCAGUCGUUCUGUGGUCCGGCUGACCCGGUUCUGGUCUCUUCUGGUCCCUCUGAGGUCCGUCUGUACAUAUCCAGUGAAAGCUCUGCUGAUUGGUGGACGCUCGGGUCCUUCCGCCUGUUUUUAUAAACGCACCCUCCCCCUCCUCCUCCUCCUCCUCCUCGGUACCGUCAGCAGAACGAUAAAAAAAAAUCACGUCUUCACCUCCCGCAUCGAUCGUUCUCCUCGUUAGCUUUCCUCACGUCUUUAUCGGCACUUUAGUUCUCGAAGUUUCCUUCUGAACGUUUUGUCGGGACCAAAGAGUCGAAGACGACAGCGUAAAAAAAAAACAGGAAAACUUAAAACUUCUGUUGGUUCCGUCGCCUUAAAGCUUCGCUCACCAAAGGAAAACAGAACGCAUGUCAAUUACAGAGACUACACUAACUUCACCCUGCCAGCAGGGGGCGCUCAGAUCCAGAUUUAUCCACCCCCUACGCCCCCUGCUGGCUGCAUCUUGAUCUGCACACUUCUCUGUUUUUGUCGUCUGAUUUGCUGUCCGCUGGCGCCUCCAGCGAGCUUCCCAUGAUUCUUUAUUUAUAUUCUGGCAUUGUUCUGAUUUCUCUUCAGCUCUGACUGUCAUCAUUAAACCUUGGGACUCAGUUAUUAUUUGUAAAUAAAGUAUAAAUACUGGA